CCGCAUCUUUCUCACCAUUCUUCUGUCUUCUUCUCUUUUCGCUGGAACACUAAAAUCUCUUCUUCUCUCUUUGAAGCUCCAAUGGCAGCAACAGAAUCUAAAGCGGAACCCAAAGAAGCCGAAGAGCGCGUAGAAGGAGAACCCAUCGCAUGCAAGACCGUGGCGUUGAGGGUCUCCAUCCACUGCCAAGGCUGCAAAAAGAAAGUCAAGAAAAUUCUCCAAGCCAUUUACGGUGUUUACGACAUAGACAUCGAUCAGAAGCAACAUAAAGUGGUGGUAACUGGGAACGUUGACGGCGAGCUGUUGAUUUGGAAAUUGACCAAGGCGGGGAAGCAUGCAGAGUUGUGGCCUGAAAAGGCAGAUUCCGGAAAGAAAAAGCAAGUGAGUUCAGAGAGCAAAGAGAAGCGACAGAGCGACGCAGAAAGCAGCGAAGGGAUUAAGGAAAACGAUAAAGAAGAUGUUAAGGUUGUUGCGCAAGACCCAUCCAAAAACGCGGAAGGUAGCAACAAUAAAAAUAAUAGUACCAAAAGUAAAUCCGUUAAAAAAAACAGCGACGGAUGCGCCGCCGGUAAAGCCGCUAUUCAGUUGCAAGAGCCAAAACCGGAGGUGAGGCAGACGGUGGUGUUACAACCGGCCGGACCGGUAACCGAAAAAAAAGUGAGCAUCGCCGUUCAAGUUCCUAACGACAAUGAAGAGACCGGGAAUGAGAAUACAACCGGUGGAGCCGGUGCCAGUGGAGCGAAAAAGAAGAAAAAGAAGGUGACGGCUACCGGGAAAGAGAGUAAUAACAACAACGGGAACGACGUUGCCAGUGAUGCCAAAGCUAAAGAAGGUUCAAGUAACCAGUCAAAUGGUCAAGGUCAUGUUCAUGAGCCAGCGGUUCCAGUUUCAAGUUCAGUUCCUUUUGUGAUCCCAACCAAUGAUAAUGCGACACGUCAUCACCACUUUUACCGUGAUUACCCACCGCAUUACUAUGCCCCUCCUCCUGCUCCUCCGCAAGUUGUUCAUAGUGUGAACUACCACACGGCGCAUCCUAGCAGCAGCUACGGCGCUGCGUACUAUGCCCCUACGCGACCGAUUUCGUACGCCCACGUGGUGCGCCCUGGGUACGAAGUGGAGCCUCCACCCUACAUGUACGACACGGAAUCGUAUGCUCCAUCGUAUACUUCAUCGUAUGCUCCAUCGUAUGCUUCAUCGUAUGCUCCAUCGCAGCCGUCGGAUUCUUUCGAGCUCUUCAGCGAUGAAAAUCCUAAUGCGUGCUCACUCAUGUGAAUGUGAGUUGCAUUGCACGUAACCAUUUCGUUCAAGUAAUUUUGUAAUGCUUGAAGAUAUACAAGAAUAUUAUCACUGGCCUCCUUUUUACUAAUUACUAUAUUUUAGUGAAAAAAACUAUUUCUUUUUUUAUGGAAAGGAUGAAAAGUAAGGUACAAUAAUGGGUCAAUGUGGCUCUGAGCCUUCGGUUUUUGUUCA